AUGUCGUGUAGUAGAGGAAGAAUGGACCAGUUUCAUAGUCUUCUGUCGGACUGUGAAUUUAUGGAUUUGGAAUUCAAAGGUCCCAGUUAUACGUGGUCUAAUAAUCAGGAGGGGGAGAACAACAUUCGUAUCCGAUUAGAUCAUGCUCUGGCAACAGUGGAAUGGCGUAAUUUGUUCCCUCUUGCUCAGGUCUUGCAUGAACUAAAAGUGGGUUCUGAUCAUUGCCCUCUCUUAGUGAAGUGCAGAGUCCCUCUUAAGAAGGAUCCUUUUACUUUCAAGUUUGAAUCCAAAUGGUCCACUCACGUUGAUUGCGCUCAAGUUAUUGGUAGGGCUUGGAGUGAGCCUCACAGGGGUUCUGAUCUUUUCGGACUUGCUCAGAAACUGAAAAAGUGUAAACAAGCAUUACUAGAUUGGAGUAAGAAAGUAUUUGGGAAAGAUAGAAUGAGGCUAAAGCUGUUGCAAGAGAGACUCAAGUUUGUCCAAGCAGAGGCCUUUUCUCAGGAGAAUUUGCAAAGAGAAAGGGAAUUGGUGAAGGAAAUGGAGGUUCUGUAUCUUAGGGAGGAGAUGGCCCUUCAUUAAAGAUCUAGAAUUAAUUGGUUGAAUUAUGGAGACAAGAACUCAGCCUUCUUCCAUGCCUGCAUGAAUCAAAGAAGAC